GAACGAAUUUGCCACUUCAGGCAGAGAGCUAAAAAAGGACUCCAUACUAUGUCCAUAAGCUGUGUAAAGCAAACGUCAACGAAGUAUACAGUCAUCAGAGAAGUAGCCACUCAGUCGCAUAUAACAUACAAUCGCAAAUUAUACAGUGCAAUAUUUGCCAAAGUACGACAUAAAAUUUGCACAAAGAGAUUGCAAUUUUCAAAAAACAAGUUUUUUAUUUAGUGCUAAAGCAGUUUAAAGUUUUGAGUGAAAUAAGGAAAGAAGCCCCAAAUCUACAAGUGAAUAUUGAAUAUCGCGUAAUUAUUGUGAAAAAGAAGUUUGGCAUUCAGCUUUAGCCGUGCACUGAAGGUGGAAAGCGAUACAUGUACAUACAUAUAUAAGUAUAUUUGAUAUUUGUGGAAGAAACUAAAGAUUUGGCUGUGGAUUACGGACUUUCUGUCUCGCCAUCCCCAAGAGAGUUUUAUCGUGCAGCUUGAUUCGCUUAUGCGCACCCAAUACCCGUAACAUGCGCUCCCUGGCUGACGAAACCAGGAAAUUAACGUCGAGCAACGGCAGCAGCAGCAACAACAAUAAUAACAAUAACAUCGUUGACCAACAAACAGCCAAAUCAACGACAGCAACAGUGUCAACAGCAACGGUUGUCGCACAAUCAAAGAGCUCGAAUAAAUCCUUCAAAAUGCAACAGCAAGGGAACGUAAUGACCAGCGCCUCAUUGGGUGUGCAUCAAAAGCAGCAGCAGCAGCAGCAGCAGCAGCAGCAUCAACAACCCAAACAACAGCAACAGCACAAACACCAACAGAAUAAUAACUCCACAACAAUUGCCCUGCCAAAGGCAUCACAUGCCAACACAAGCGAAGAGAUUGCUGGCGGCGUACAGGACACCAUUUAUUUGUGCAACUUUCGCGUUUCCGUCGAUGGCGAUUGGCUAUGCCUGAAGGAGUUACAAGAUCUUGACAUUGGUCAGCAGCACAGCGGCACUGGCGGCACCAGCACCAGCAAUGUUUAUGGCGUACAACGCGGCAGCGGCGGCACACAGUUUGGCCAAAAGAACAAACGUUAUUCGGGAAUGUCGAACGGUUUGGAUGAUAAUGGUAUAUUGACUGUCCGUAACUUGCUGGGUCGUCGUUUUAACGAUGCACCCGAACAUGUGCACAAGACGAGUAGUUCGUCGUCGUUGUCACACUUGCUUACCGCACAACAUGCACAUGCUGAUAAUAAUCAUGGCUUGAUUGGUGUGUUUGGUGUUGGUGGUACUGGUGAAUGGUCCAAUCACCCUCGCGAUCCAGCCGAAAUCGAACGAAGUAAUUUGGUAAAUAUUUGUAAGCUCGUGGUUAAGGAAUUAUUAGAACAAUCAUUACGUUUCGGUCGUAUGUUGGACUCGGACCAUCUACCGUUGCAACAUUUCUUCAUAGUAAUAGAGCACGUUUUGGGUCAUGGUUUACGACCAAAGAAGGGUCUCUUGGGACCACGCAAAGAGUUAUGGGAUCUAUUACAAAGUGUAGAAACCUAUUGUCCCGAAGCACAGGAUAUCACCGCAAGUGUACGCGAUUUACCCACAGUACGGACACAUAUAGGACGCGCACGCGCUUGGUUACGCAUAGCUUUAAUGCAAAAGAAAUUGGCCGAUUAUCUGCAAGCGCUGAUCGAACAUCGUGACGAUUCCCUUUACGAAUAUUACGAGCCGCAUGCGUUGAUGAUGAGCGAUGAGAUUGUGGUUAUUAUGGGCAUUUUGGUCGGUCUCAAUGUGAUCGAUUGUAAUUUGUGCGUAAAGGAGGAGGAUUUGGACUCACAGCAGGGUGUUAUCGACUUUUCGCUCUACUUGCGUUCGAGUUCGCGUAGCACUGAGAACGACGAGGAGAUCAAUCAGUCACUGGAGGCGAAUGGUCAGGGCAAUAUGAUUGCGGUGUUGGAUCAAAAGAACUAUAUUGAAGAGCUCAAUCGGCAUUUGAAUGCCACAGUCGGUAAUCUUCAGGCUAAAGUCGAGUCCCUUACAACAACAAAUGCGCUUAUGAAAGAAGACCUAGCGAUUGCACGUAAUAGCCUCUUAGCCUUGCAAGCCGAGAAUCAGGCGUUGCGUCAAAACGUUACCGGCGCGAAAGAUGUAUCCACAUCCAAUGCCGAAGCCAGUCCUAAUAAAUCGACAGAUCGUGCAAAUAAAGCCACAAUUGAAACGCUCACCGCAGAAUUGAGUGAAGAGAAAAAGAAACACUCAGAGCUCGACAAGGAACUGAAACUGCAAAUUUCACUCAAAGCCGAAUCAGAUAUGGCAAUGAAAUUGCUUGAGAAGGAUAUACACGAAAAGCAGGAUACGAUUGUAUCGCUGCGACGACAAUUGGACGAUAUUAAGCAAAUUAAUUUGGAAAUGUAUCGCAAAUUACAGGAAUGCGAUGCUUCACUUAAGCACAAAACCGAGUUGCUCACAAAACUAGAAAGUCAAAAAGAGGAUAUGGCCAGCACAAUCGCACAGCUAGAGAAGAAGUGGGACAGUGACAAAAACAAUUUGGGUGAAAUACUGCGUAAUACCUCACAAACUCUCUCCACCCAGGUGACCGCUUGCGAGGAGCGUGCAGCUCGCGCAGAAGCCGAAUCGCGCAUAGAACGCGAAUGGCGACUCUCGCUACAGGAGAAAGAAGUGAAGUUGAAGGAGAAAAUAAGUUCCUUACAAAAUUGCCUAAAAGAGCUCACCGAUGAGGCACAACAAAACGCGAAACUGCGCGCAGAGCUCGAUAAAAUGCGCACACAAUGGUCAGAGGCACAAACUACACUCGAAGAGUUGGGCAUACAGUUGAGUGUUAGUAAAUUAAAGGUUUCAGAGUUGGAGGAUCGUGAAAGACGACAGCAGCAACUACGUUCAUCCGAUCUAUCCUUACAAUCACCAACCGAGGUGGCCAGCGCCGGCAUUUGGGCACCAGAUUCCAUAGCUACCCACUGCACCGGCUGUAGUAAGGAGUUCAGUUUGACACGUCGGAAACAUCAUUGUCGUAGUUGUGGUGAUAUCUUUUGCAGUUCCUGUUCGGAGCAUACGCUGGCGUUGCUCAAUGAUCAAGGUCAGCUGGGAAAGCCGGCACGUGUAUGCGAUCGCUGUUAUGAGACGAAGAAAUGAUGUUGCUACACAAAUGGCACAACAAUUCGAUCAAAACGGAAAAUAAACUAAAUAUUUAACAAAAAAAAAUAUUAAAUAUAAUAAUAAGAAUUCACCUAUGCAAAUAUUAUAUAAUACAAUUCUUUUUAGUGUAAAUAGCGGUUUAUGAACAUAUUUUAAACUGUUUUAAAUCUGUAUGUAUGCAUGUAUGUACACAAUAAAUGUAUUCAAAUAUUUACUACUUUUCAUACAAAUACAAUA